AUGGCUACACCAGCGGAGCCCCAUCACCUUUUCUGGACUGCAAACGGCGACCCGCGCAACUGCAUUGUGAUCGGGUAUACCUAUGCGUCCCUCAGCAAUAGCGGUCGUGACAAACCGAUAUACUAUGAGUUCAAGACCAUUCGCAAUGGGACAGAGACCGCAACCACGGGCGCUGUUGUCGCACAACUGGAUUGGUCUAUGCACGACCAACUCGGAUCAGUGACCAUACAGCAAAGACAACAAUUCAUGUCAUACAUGGCUAUGAAGGGCAAGACCGCAUCGUAUGUCAGGUCUGCGCAUCGAUUUUAA